AUGGCCCUCAGUAUCCGGCAGAAGAGGGAUGGGUGUCCGGAUGUAAAAACUUUCCCCAAAUUAUUCUAUGCCAUCAAAAACAAAAACAACGGCCCUAGUCCCCAGCGGGCCUUAAGUGGUCAAGGGGUGCUAAAAAUCCCUAGAAAGUAUGCAAUAGCGAAGGGAUAUUGCAGAAAAAUUCAGAAUGGCCCUUCUAUGGUACUUAGACUUGGAACGCUCAACGUUGGAUCACUGACUGGCCGCAGCAUGAAAAUUGACAUCUGCUGCCUUCAGGAGACCCGAUGGAAAUCGAAUGGUGUCUGUCAUAUCAACUCAAACAAUGUAAAAUAUAAACUAUUCUGGAAUGGUAAAAAGACGGCCAAAAAUGGUGUUAGAAUUUUUGUCAAAGAACCGCUAGCCCAAGAAGUACUGGAUAUUAAAAGGAUUAAUUCAUGUCUUAUGUGGAUCAAGCUUCGCCUAGAAUAG